AUGGAAGAAAUUGUGGAGGUGAUAGGGAGCGAGGUGGAGAUUCAGUCCCCGAGGCCUUCACCUCAACCAGAUGACUCCGUGUUGCUGGAGGCGGGGUGUCAUGUUGCCGGGGAGGUGGGGGAGGUGGGAGAAGGAGAGGGUGGGCGUGGGAUGGAGAGAGACGACGUCGGUGUCCCUGACAGACUCCAGCGAUUUUAUUUUGAGUCUGACGCUCUUGUGCUGAAGAACAACAUUGACUACCAAAAGAUGCUCAGGACAUUGGCUCUACUUGAAGCACAGAAAAUUCAGGCUACAAAGGAUUUGGAGAAGUUAAUAGUAUUAAAAACCAGGGCACUCCGAGACCCGACCGGAUUUGUGACUGCGCUCAAAAACGGGACCCUGGAGCCCCUGCCGACGAGACAGGAGGUGGCAGAGUUGCCCGAUGUAAACUGGAAGAGUUACAUGGAGAGUGUGGAGAGGAUUGUGAGGCAGCAUUCCUCCGUCUACCAGAGGACCCGCGGGAGAGCCCUCUCCAAGGAACCUACUACAGCCCUCUCAAAGAUGGAUGUGAGUGGAAACAGCAAGAAGAGCGGAGCUGCUAAGCCGCCAUCCUACAAACAGCCCUGGACCCCUGAAGAGCAGAUGAGAUUGGAGGAGUUGCUCAGAGCGUAUCCACCGGAGGCGGUUGAGAGGCGACGAUAUGAAAAGAUUGCAACUGCACUCGGCACUCGAACCACUCAACAGGUGGCCAGCCACGUUCAGAAAUACUUCAUUAAGUUGGCCAAAGCCGGUCUGCCCGUUCCCGGAAGAGUUCCGAACAUAGCCGCAUACGGACCUAAAGGGAAAAAGGGAGGGCGUGCCAAGAGACUAAGUCGCCCGUCAACGUUCUUCUCCACUCUGGCGCCACGAGUUUUCAUGUCCAGUGGGGAGUCGAGGGGCGGAGCUUCGUCGCCCACGGGGAGUGGCCACAGCCUCACACCUCUUGAGGGGGAUGAGGAGGAGGAGGAAGAGGAGGAGAGGGAAGAGGGGGAGGGAGAGGAGGAAGAAGACUCGACUGACUCCGAUGACAGUAUUUUGGCCGAAUGGGUGCCAACCAGGACAUCAAGCCACUCCGCCAUCUCUUCCGUCAAAUGUGGGAGGUGUCAGGCUAUCGUGAGGUUCGGUCAGUACUGGGAAUGUUGCGAGUGUCCAGUUGAUGUCAAGACCUUGCUCUGCUCCGACUGUGUCAAUAGUGAUUACGUCACCAGUCAUCACACCCAGAGCCAUGAGAUGUUGCCGCGUACUCUCUCUACCGGCCUAGCCGACAGGGACUACGCCCAGUUCACACAGACCACAAACCGCAAAUACAACUACUUGGACCCUAACUUCUUCCCCGCGUCGUAAACUGUGCGGUAAAAGUAAAAAGUUUGUCGUUUCAUAAUUUCGUGAUAAUAUUUGAGAUGGUGUGAAAUGGAAAGGAUAACAAUUGAGUCGAGUGAUGCAACGUUGCGUAGGUGGUCUGUGAGUGUAAUAAUGGAGUAAAAUGAAAGUUUUUGCAUUUCUAAAUAAAGUAAAAUGAAAGUUUAUUUCGUUUCUGAAAUAAAUUCUAGAAAGGGUUGCAGGUCAACCCGUUGAUUGUGUUAGCUUCUGGGAUAAAGCACAGGCUGUGGGCGAGGAAUGAGAAGCCGGAUUCGCCCAUGACUAUGCUGUGAGACUCUGCCAACAGAAUCAGUUCAACCCACACACUCAGCACCCCUUCUCUCUCGACGUCUCCUGCCUCAUGCGGAGUCCUCUCUAGCCGGUCCAGGUGUACAACCGUGUUAUCCAAACACCUGUACCUACCUCCAUACCUGUGUGACUUGCUCUUGACGAGGUUGGAGUCCGUUGCCAGAAAAAGUAGAGCUGUUGGUCCUAGAGUCUCCGUGGCGUGAUUAGAUGCACAGGAGAGGGUCUUCCCCCAUUGCUGAGCUGUGCGGUACAGCUUUGGGUGUUCGAUACUCUCCCGCUGUACAGAACCUGCAAAACCUGUUCUCACGUGGACGCCCACAUAAGCUGCGUUAUUCAGCCCGAGCACUUCUCGGGCCGCUGCAGCCUCUUGCAGAAUCUCCGCCGAGAAUCUGAAUAGGUAUCGAAACACCAGUCCCACUAUAUUGUCAAUGUCGUGCGGGGGGAGUUUGUCGAGCCCAAGUCCAGCCAUGCCUUGCGCAAUCCACUCCAGAGACGCUGUCUUUGUCCCAUUCACCAGAGAACUGGGCUCCAUGUUACUCUCCAGCAAGAUCCAAUUCCAACUACCGUAGAUUGCUUCCAGGUUAUUCUGCAGGUCUUCUGCAGAGCUGUCAACUCCAAUGCCGCCAAGAAUACUGAAUAUGUGAAGAAACAAGACAGAAUCGGCUGGAGCUUGGGCUUCUUUGCUAAGGUUACCUUGCCCAGCUAGUUCUACUAGGUCGUAGUAGCUUUCAUAGUCUUCCUCUGGAUAUGCUCUCUUUUUUUCUUCCGUGGUGAGCCGCCAGUCGAUGAUGUUCGGCUGUAAGUACUCUUGCUCUCCGAACUUUCUGUCCCGCCAAUCCAGAAGUAACACCCUCCGUGAUAGAAUCGAGAGAAUGAGAGCAUAGGCGACGCCCUUGACUCGAUCCGCCAGGCCCCCGCACGCUCUGUGAGCGUCGCAGACCCACACCAGUCGCCUCGCGCCCUCUCUCUGUCUCUCCCGCUUGUGAAACACCGUGUAGAUCGACAGCACCUCAAGGAACUUGGCGUAUUUCUCCCCCAGUGCUUGCCGCUCGCUCUGCGGACGCUCGUGGCAAGCUACCUGCAGAUUGUGCAGCCCCUCCACCAGUUCCUGCACGUGGGUGUCUCCUGAAGCGCUGGAGAACAGUUUUACCGUUUCAUCUCGCCUGCGACCAAGUUCCCGCUUCUCUCGCACCGAGAAAGCAUCGUCGAUAAACGCAACUCCGUAGAGUCUCCAGCGCAGAGACGGGAGUACAGGCGGAGAUGUUUGUAGAUGGUGCGAACUAUGGGGUCCCGACUCAGCCGGACCCACUAGAUAGGUGAAGUAGAGAUGGCAGAGUGCAUAUCCGACGAAUGCGGCGACAGAGAUGAGCAGAACCAGCUGCAGUUGAUCAUGAAGAAAGAAGAACUGUUUACACCUUCUUUUGCGCAUCUUUCCCCCAGUCGGUCGCGCUCUAGCU